AUGCCCGAAAGAGAUUCCGUGUCGUGGACAUCCAUGAUGACAGCAUAUGCUCGUACAGGGCAAAUGUCCAGGGCUGAAGAAACGUUCGCUGCAAUGCCGGAGAAGAAUCUUGUGUCAUGGAAUGCUAUACUAUCUCAAUAUGCCCAAGUUGGGCAUAUUUGGGAUAUAGAGCGCAUUUUCGAGGAGAUGCCGGCUAGGAAUAUCAUUUCCUGGAACACAGUUCUGGGUGCGUAUUCUCAACACGACGUAGAGAAAGGCGCACUUUUUUUUCAGCAUAUGCCUUAUAGAAAUGUGGUAUCUUGGAACUCAAUGCUUUCGGGAUAUGCCCACAAUGGGCAUAUCCACCAAACCGUUCGCUUCUUUGAGUGUAUACCCGAACUAGACAUUGUGUCGGUGACAAUAUUCCUUCCCGUGUGUGGGAAUCUUCCGCAGGCGCGCUCCUUGUUUGAAAAGAUCCCCGAGCACAACCUUCCAUUGUGCUGCGCGAUGCUCUCGGCAUAUUCCCAUUUUGGGCGAUUGGAUGGAGUGUGGUCAUUUUUUUCAUCGUUGCCGUGGCAAAACCUGGCCUGCUGGAAUGCCGUACUGUCUAGCCACAUAAGAAAUGGAUGCCCGUACAAAACUAUGGAGAUUUUUACCACCCAAAUGCCAGAACAUGAUAGUUCAUCAUCAACUUCAGUGAUGUUAGCACAUAUCCAAACUGGAAACAUCGAAAACGCAAAGUUUGUAUUUGACACAAUGCCUGAGAGAACACCAGCUGCUUGGAAUGCUAUGAUAGAAGCAUUCUUUUCAAUUGGGGAUAUUUCCUCCGCUACAAAGAUGUUUUCCUCAAUGCCGCACAGGAGCCCAAGCAGCUGGAACACAGUGCUAUCUGCUUAUGCCCAAGCCGGGCAUAUUGAUAUUGCUAAAGGGAUUUUUGCGUCAACUCCACACCGCAAUGUUGUUUCAUGGACUUCAAUGAUAGCUGCAAAUGCCCAAGUCGGGGAUCUUGUCGAAGUGAGAAAACUGUUCGAGUCAAUGCCAGAAGGGGAUCCAGUAGCAUGGAGCUCUAUUCUUUCGGCAUAUGCCCAGAGAGGGGAAUCUCUAGCAACCAUUGCCACCUUCACAAAUAUGAAACUUUUCGACAUGCCAGAUAAAAAUUGUUUCUUGGCAGCUUUGCUCGCUUGCACCCACGAAGGUAGAGUCGAGUCCGCGAAAGAAUACUUUGUUGGCAUGGCUGUGGACUUUGGCGUGGAUCCAGGGAUGGAGCACUACUGCUGCCUUGUUGAUGUCUUGGCUAGAGCUGGACAGCUUGGGAGCGCGCUGGAGCUUGCCGCGAGCAUGCCUUUCGAGGCUGGAGCUUGGCAGUGGAGAAAGCUACUGGCAGCUUGUAGAAGCUUUGGCGAUGUCGGCUAUGGCAUUCAAGCAGCCAAGUACUUUCUUUCGUCUAGGCCGCGAGACUCAACAGCUUAUGUGUUUCUUUCGAGCCUUGUGAACGAUCCAAUUCAGUCCAAGGUUUCGAUCUGA